AUGUUGUCCCUCUCAAAGAAAAUCCUGGCUCGUAGUCUAAUCUGACGACGCCGCCAUUUCAAAGCGCGACACAAGCUGUUGGGAAUUUUUGUAAUAUUCUUUUUUUUUUGGGGGGGUAUAUUUUUCUAAUAUAUUUUUUUAUUUUUCCUAGAAAAUAGGGAUAUCAUAUCACUUUUUGAAUCUACCUCGCCUGCAUCACCAACAGAAAUGGAUGCAGACACAGAAGAAAAGAUGACAGAAACUUCAAAAACUUCCAAGGAUGAAUCUGAGAGACCGAUUGUGGACAACAAAGCUAGGGGUCGUGGGUUUAAAGGCCGCGGUCGAGGCGGUCGGAUGAGUCGAGGUGGCAUGCGCGGUGGGCGGGGCAUGAUGAAAGGAUUUGGUCCGCCUGGACAUGGGAGGGGUCGACCGAAAGAUGGACCCAUGAAUGGAUUUGCACCCAUGAGAGGAAUGAGGAGGAUGCGACCGUACCCAGACAUGAGAGGUCAUCGAGGUAGGGGUGGACCAAUGGGCAUGGGCCCUCCUCCUCCUCCUCCUCCUCCUCCUCCUCCACCUCCCAUGCACCUCAGGGGCCCGUUCCCACCCAUGCACAGGCACGGACCUCCUCCACCCCCUCCCCUAGGUCACCCUGGUUUCAGAGGGCGCCCACCACACCCUCGAGGCCGUGGCAUGCCGCCCCCUGGACCUCCACGCCACUUCCACCCCCGUGGCCCUAGAGGGGGGGCACACAGUACAGUUAACCUCCCAGGCCCCAGGAACCCAGGCCCUCCCUCACAUCUCUCCCCUCGGUCACCAGCGGCGUGACACCUGAGGUCCGGCGCUUCACUUGAAAAGGUGAGCCUCCUCUUGUGUCUUAAUCCCUAAACCCCUCCCUCACUGAUGCCUGGAGAUUCUCUCUUUCAGGAUGGAAGUUGAAGUCGGUGAGAUGUUCAGGACUGUGGUUUGAUGAGGUUAUGGUCAGUGCACCUUGUGGUAAUGCAAGGAGCAUGCAGGGAUAUGCAGGGAAAGGACAGGUUUAUAAAUCAGUAUGAUUGCACUUUAAUGUUAUUAGUAGUGGAGGGCCUUAUGAAACUUUGGGUCUUUCUAAAAGAGGCUUUAAGGCGACGAACGCAGGAAUCACGGUGACAUCUGGUGGCUUUCAGAAAUGACUGCAACCUUAAAUAUUGGGCUGAAAGCCUCACUGAAUUUUAACUGUUUCAGUCUUGUGCUAUACAAGUCCAACCAGCCUGCAUGUUAUCAGUAAAUCUGUAAUACUUUUUUUUUUUUUUUUACAGAAAAGCUACGUUAAAUGAUGAUGGUAUUGUGCAAUAUGUUUAAGUAAAAUAAUUAAUAAAUACAUUGUUAAAAAAGCCUAGUAUAAUAUAUAAUAUGAUAUAUUUUGGUAGUUUAGACCCAGUGUCCACUGUUGGCUCAUGCGUUUUAAGCUCAUGAUCAUUUAUGUAACAUUUUAUAUGAAGCACAGUGUGAUGUGAUAUUCAUUAAAUUAGUGACUUUUAUUACAUUAUUACUUUGUAGCAGCUGGAAAUGUUCUCAUACUUAAUGAUACUAGUGUCAUUCGCCAUGUUGCUCGAUUACUCUUCUCUCUUCUUAUCCUACAAAUAUGCUUAUCACAUAGUUGUGCUGGAAAACUUUUAAAACUGUCAAACUUAAUCAAGUCCUCUGUGAAGCACCAGCGACAUUUGAAGCUUCAGGUGUCAUCAGUAAUGUGGUAUUCUUCAUUUGACUCUGACACAGUGUAAUGAAACAGGAGUUAAAACAAGCUUCAGAGCUUCUGUAUCACCUGCCAGUCUCUGCUGAACAUCUGUGCUUUUCCUGCUAUGAAAAGGGCAAUUGACAAAGCAGAUUUUAUUGAAAAACCUCUUUAGGCGUCAUGAUCAGAUAUUCACUUGUGGGUCAGAAAACCAACUGGAAAGUUCACAAACUCAACCUAAAAUUUAAACACUGUACUGUUGUUUGUUUCUGCUAGUGUUGAACAUAAACUUUAAAUAUUUCACCACAGUUGAACUAGUUUCCAAACCAUUAUCAUGGUGUGUUUGUAUUUAAGUAACAGUGUACUCAAUAAAGAAGUAUUCUUAAGAAGCAGGAUUAUGGAUGGAAUCAAGCUGCUGACAAUAGACCCAGAUGCUCAUCGUUUUACUGUGUUAAACUAUUGUAAAUGUAAGUGGAUGUGGACAAGCUUCAUAAUAACUUUUCUUUAGGGUUCAUAUGUUCAGGCAUGUUAACACAAGUGUGGACCACAGAAAGAAGGUCAAUAUCUGUGCAUCUUGCAGAGCGGAGGUUUUCAAACCUGCAGUAUGUAAAUAAAACCAGAAGGAAAUGUCAGAUUUAGGAUUUGGGUAUUGUAAAUUGUCACAGUAAGGUGUUACAAAUACCUAAUGGUAGGUAUGUAUGUGGUCAAGUACGAUCAUUGGACUCAUUACGGAGGUGAACAUUUAAAUAUACAUUUAUAAUCAAACCAGGUACAUCCAAAAAUGAGCAGUGACUAUAAAUACUGAAUUGUGAUUUGUGUUGUAAAGCUGGAAAUGCCUCUCUGCAGCAAAAAAGGUUAAUGCUUAAUAUCCCGUUUUCUCAGUGGAGAUGAUGCACUUUAUGAUUUAUGUCUGAGUGUCACCUCUGUACGACAGCUCAUUUUAAUACAGGAAGAGAGAGCGGGGGGGUCAGUCCUCAGCAGCCUUUAAA